AUGAUAAGAUGUUUCUUCAAAAUGUGUAAUUUUUUUGCAGGUUCUUACAGGAGUGAUGGUUACAGUGAUGACUACAAGGAUCAGCGUUCACAAAGCCACCCAUAUUCUGGGCCUUCCUCCUGUGGUAGUGGAAUGAGUGGACCUGCACUGAGGAAGGCACCUCUAGCACCAACUCUCCAUCCACAUCCUCAGAGCCAACAGCAACAUCAUCACCAACAGCCACACCUUCCCCUCUCCUCCCUUCUGGAUGACUCUGAAGAUGAUGUUACAAGUUCAGUCAAUAAUGCUAUAUCUGCGAUUACUGCUGCUGCUGCCAACUGCAUGAGCAACGAUAUGAAUAGUGGUGGGAAUCGAGGAGAUGACCGUAGAGACAUAAUUGGAGGGUUGUUGGGUGGCCUUGGUUUGGGACCCCUUGGGGUCUCACCAGGUGGUCCAUCAUCCACCUCAGGCAUAGAUAAGUCGUAUAGGGGAGGCGGUAACCCAGGAAGCAUGGGUGGUAUGGGCCCAAAUCAGCAGGAUCCAGGUGGCAAGCCCAAACGUCCACGGAAGCCUCGCAAGAAGAAAGAGCCUGGGCCAGGUGGCGAGGUCAUCAAGAGAAGACAGCCUUCCCACAGGGGAAUCAAUGGCAAUGAGCGCCCAUAUCUGUGCAGUGUCUGUGGUCGAGGGUUUGCCAGGCGUGAGACGCUACGCAGACAUGAUCGCAUACAUACUGGUGAGAAGCCUCACCACUGCACUGUCUGUGGUAAAUAUUUUAGAGAAGCCUUCCAUCUCUCCAAACACCACACAGUUCACUCUGGGGAGAAGAAUUACAAAUGCGGUCUUUGUGGUAAAGAUUUUGGCUAUGCGCAGAGCCUUAAAAGACAUGCUAAGCUGCACCAAAAAGGGGAGCUGGAAGAGGUUCCCACAACUCCAGGUGGAGAGAACCUGAACAACUACACAACAAAUUCUGGGGGCAUGAGUCAAGAUAGGGGUCAAGGGAGCUCUUCAUAUUAUUCAUAUUCUCAAGAUGUUAAGCCUCAAGGGUCUAGCAAUCAGCCUCCCCCCAGAUUGUACACGUGUGCGAUAUGUUGGAAAUCUUUCCGUCAUCAUUUUCAUCUAACUGCUCAUCAUCAAACAGUUCAUGAAACUGGGGGAGAAAAGCUUUUUUCCUGUGAGGUGUGUGGAAAGGCCUUUGCAUAUUCCAACAGCCUCACAAGGCACAGGCUUUCCCAGCAUGGUUUGUCACGCACAGGCCAAUCAAAUUCACAAGGUGAUACUAGUGGCCCUGGGGCCAGUAAUAGUGUAAGUGUUAAUGUAUCUGAGAGUGAGGCUGCUACAAAUGCCUUGCUGCAGCUUGCUCCCCCUGGUGGAGCUCAUGGGGAACAGCAGUCACACGGUGGCGUUCUCCAUAGUCAUCAACCACCGCCCCCACAACCACAAGCGGGUUAUUCCCCUUUGUUCUAUGUCCCAGAUACAAACACAUCUCACCCCUCAUCUUCCAAUGCCUCCCCGUAUUCUCACCCACUCUCCUCCAGUUCCAGCAUACCGCCCCUCAGCCAUCAACAGUCGCCAACAGGUGUGAAGGGGGAGCCUCUCUACCAGCCAGGUACGGGUCACACAAUGAACACCAAUCCUUCUGGGCAUCCCUCUUUUGGGAUGUCCCCAAAUGAACCCCACCCUCUCCAUCACCUUCACCACCAUCAGCACCAUUCAGAUGAGCUUCAGUCCCAUCAUCAGCACCAUCAGAGCUUUCACUCGCAAGAUGACCUGAGGAAAAAAAAAAAAAAAAAAAAAAAGAAGGACAUCCGAUCAAGGGGAGGAUACAGAUGGGACGAGAGGGUGGGAAGGGAGCCGAUGGGGAGGGAGAAAGAUCUGAGGAGGAAAAUGAGGAUAAAAAAGAGGACUAUUCGCCGCCGGCAACGUCGCUUCAGGAAGCGCAUGGCCCUACUCUUGAGGAUUAGACGAGGAGGUGGAAGAGCCCCAGCAUGUGAGCUAGCUUCUGCACGGGGGUUAAAGCUUAACAGUUUAUCAUCUUUACAAAACCCUCUCAAGCGUUUCCCCUGUCCCCUCUGCCCCCGCUCGACCUUUUCACGACGGGCAGCCCUUGCAGUCCAUCGUGCAACCAAGCACUGUCCCAGAGUCUGUUUCCCUCACGAGCGUCUGAAAUGUAUCGUCUGCGGGAAACAGUCUCGGAAAUUUUUGUCCGCCUUCAUUCACAGGGGUUCUCACUUGUCCAAGGGAACAUUCUCUUGUAAACGCUGCUCUUCGCGUUUCUGGAACCCCAAUCUCCUCAAGCGACACAAGACAGCCUGCCGCGGAAAGCUAGCAGGCUUGCGCCGAGGAAAAGGACUUAAUUCGAAAAUAGGAACACCUGCAAUUGACAAGCGAGGAGAUGGCCAUAGUGGCCAACCUUACAUGUGAUAUAGAGACACUUAAGUGUUCUCUUGGCUUUUGAAGAAGAUAUAGAUGAAAAAACAAAACAUGACUUUGAGGUUUGGUAUGUGCAUGCUAAUAACGAAGAUUUGAUCACAUAUGAAUGGCCCAUGUUGGAUUCUACCAUUUUGGGAGGCACCAGUACCUCAUCUAACCAGUGACUGUUUUAGACGGUGCAUUUUCCUUCUCAAUAUCAUGAACUGUGCUAAUAAUCUGAACUAACCUAAAACUUAAAGCAAGCACCCAAAAUCCCAGUUACAUGGGAUGAUUUUUUAAAAGGGCAUCACAGUUCCUUUCCAGAUUAUCCUUAACCUUUAUGUGCAUUUACAGUACUGUGGAUCAUUAGAUGAGUUUUCUGUGACUUGCUAAUACUUACCCCUUUUCCUAACAGUAAUUAUUAGCCCCCACUGUAACCCAGCAAACUCUGUAUAAGUAUUCUGUCUCUGAUGUGUAUAAUGUGUAGUGGGUGUUCACUUAGAGAUGGUGUGGACAUAUGAUCUCUUUAAUGUAAAACUGCAUUUAAUAGGAGAAGAGGGAUCUUGGGAAAGUGAAGGUAUUAGUUUGAAGAAACUGUCUUUCCUUUUGGUAGUAUUUUUGUGCAUGUUGGACAUGUUAAACAAGUAUCUUAGCUGAUAUGAUGUUUUAAAUCACUAUGUGGCCGUUACACUUUAAAUCGAAUUUCAGUAGUGCAAUUAUUAUUUGUUGCAAUUGCAAUAUUUAUCUCCAAAUCCAGGCUUAUAGGCCUCAGACUUAAUAUUUGGAAUUCAAGCACCUGAUAAGAUCAGGUGACAUCAGUGUUUUGUUAAAAUGGCAUAAUUGAAACCAGGACAAAUUGACAGUGAAAAGUUGAUUUGAGAAGUGCUCUUUAGAUAAAACACAUACUUUGAAUUAAAUUGGAAAUAAAAUAAUUUAUUGCCAAAACUAAUUUAAGAAAUAAAGCCUUUAACCAAAAGUCUGUAUUGAAAGUGGUAGCCUCUCGUACCAUGAGCAGCAUUGUAAGCAGAAUUGUAGUGUUUUUACACUGAGGUUGACAUAGGAAAAAAAAAGAACGGAACAAGUGUACUGUAAUGUAAAUCGUGUUGAUAUUUUAUUACUGUUACAAUGUCUCUUUUUUUGCAAUCAAAUGCCUAAUAUUUUGUUUCUAUCAUUGCUACUUUAUGAGUAGGUGGAAAAAGAAUGUGGGAGUUAUCACUGUAGAGCAGAACAUGACUUAACAUAUUAAUGUGUUUGACACAGCCUUUCAAACCCUAAACCUUAGCUCUUACACAUGUAUCACUUUUUUCUCAAGUAGAUAUCCAUACUACUCAUAGCCCUGUUUUCUUCAAAAGAAAGAAAUGAUUCUAAGUACCUUUCUAUCACUUUAUUUACCUAUGAUACAAAUGGUUGUUGAUUCUAAGCAUUUAAUAAAAAUGUAAACUGUA